GGGACCAGGCUGGUGACUGCUGACUGCUCCCGCCAGGUGUGCGUGUGUGUGCAAGGGAUGAGUAGGCGAGAGCAUGCAGGGGCGAGAGGCGGGCCGGGUGCGGGGCUAAGACUGAAGAAGGCGAGGAGGGAGGCAAAGGGCGCGCGCGGAGCGGGGAAAGUGGACCAACUCCCCCGGCUGCUCCUUCCGGCUCGGGAGUUUGCUCCUUGGGAUGCCCGAUUCCUUGUGGAAUUAAUGAGCCGCUCAGCUCAGAGGCUCAAGGUGAUAGUCCUCAUGGUGUACAGAGGAAGCUGGUGAAUGACUGUGCGAGGCCGGGCUUGCAGGUACACUUUGUGUGUGAUACCCAGGAAUGUUUCCUGAGACCCUUAUUGUGAGUGUGUGUGGCUGAUGGUCCCAAGUCCUACUGCAAAGUAUCCUACAUGUAAGUAUGUAAAAAGGAAAUAUUCGCGUUUCUUUCCUUCCUUUUCAACCCUGCCACUUGUUUCCCUCCGUUGCCCCCCCCCCCGCCUGUUUCUAGAUUGUAAACCCCUGGGAACAGAGAAACGGCUUUUGUAUUUAUUUUUGCUAACACCCUUGCAUAGAGAUAGUGUUAUUUAAGUAAUUGUGUGUGUAGUUAUAGAUCUACAGUGAUGUGAGUGGUAUUUAAUUUCUGCAGUGAGGCCCAAGAUUGCUUGGAAUGGCACUCCCCUUGCCCUGAGAGCUUGAACUCUCUGCACCUUCCUCAAUAUCCGUGCUAGUAGUAUAUGCGUGGGAAGCCACCUGUAAUUGAUUUUUGUGAAGGAGGAGCAUGUCUGCACAUGGUCAGAUGUAUGCUCAUUUUAAAUUCUCCCAGUGCUGGAUCUAGGCUGCACACACAUUGCCAGCUUAAAAUGCAGCUAGGUUGUUCUUUUUUUCUCAGUUUGGAUCAAAGUCAGUUUGGAACGAAAGGCAUCAAAAUGCCGUGUGUCAUAAGAAAUGACAGGAUACAGACAGAAUAGAUAUGGAUUGUGGCUAAUGUUGUGCAUACACUGCUUUUCAAAACCAGCCAUGGGAGUGCACUGGAUGCAAAACAAGAGGGGUGUGUGUAGAGCCCUAAAUUGUGCAGCAAGUCCUAUAGACCCCUGGCUUAAAUUAAGAUCUCUUGAAUCCCGUAAACUGUUUUUGCCACCUCAGAUCCCUCCAAUAGCCCACGUUGAGCUGCAUCUGGCCAUCCUGAAUAUUUGAUCAGUGGCAUUAUUUAAGGAGGCGGUGAAAAGUGAAAAUCACUGUGCCACUUUCAAAACAGUUUUUUCCCUCCCUUUGAUCGACUCAGAGAUUUGUGGUGGGCUGGCAGCAAUUCUACUGUGUGUACUUUGGACACACAGGAAUCUCAGGGAGAGAGAUGCGUGAGGACUGAGCAAGAGACAAAGGGAGGGGGGAGCCUGCAUGUGUGGAGAAGAAAAGAACCAUUCUUCAUGCCAUUAAGAAUUAGUUAAUGAAACAGAAGGGAAGGACCUUGCUGUAGAAAAUAACACAGGCUUUUGUUGUUCUGUUGCCAGCUGUACUUAGGAUAAUCCAACCUUCCCGGAAAGUGAGAUGGCCCAUGGAUGCAUAUCAUAACUAAAAGGGGGAUAUCAGAAGCGGUCGCCAAAGUUGAAGUUUUUAUCCUGGGCUGGUGCUACCUGUGAUUCUUCAGCAUGACGGGUAAGUCAGUAGAGGUGCAACGGUCUGCAGAGCUGAUUGGCUUAUUUUGAGAUUGAAGUUGUUCUAUAUGGAAGUUGUGUAUGUGUGGCUCAGAGAGACGUCCCUCGUCUCCCUUCCUCUCUUAAAUAUAUAACCCCAUAAGUCACUUGGGAUUUAUGGCAGAGAAGCCACUGUAGGAAAUACUUGCCCUGGGGGGGAAGAGGCAAGACCUGAGACUGAUGACUCAGCAGGUCAUUUGUGUGUCUGAGAUUGAUGACUCAUCCUUGGAAUGGCCCUGCCCUGCUUAAUCAGCCGGGAUGGGGAGAAACAGAGCUACACUUAUUCGCAUUUAGUUCAAGGAGGGAUGGGAUUCCCCCCUUUUACUGUCACAGGCAAACUGUAGUUUGUCAGCUUUCUUUAGCUUCAAAGGGAAGCUUUGGUGCUCAAUAGCUGCCAGCCUAUUGUGCAGCUAUUAAUACCACAGAAUGUGUGUCUAGGAUCAGUCAGUGCCAUCUCUUUAGCUUAUCUUUAUCAACCGCCAAUGGGCUUAUUGAGAUGUUAGAACAAAGGAGUGAAUGCUGACCUUAAUGAAUGAAUGUAUAAAGUUGUAUUGCUCAGAACAUUGUUCCAUAACAAGACCCUCCUGAAUCAGACCAAGAACCUUUCGGGUCCAGCAUCCUGUUUUCCACAGUGCCUCAUCUGGCGCUUAAAAGAUUGCAGUAUUGACAAUACAGUACCUUGAAUUCUUCAUGGUGAAAUACUCAAUGCUCCUGUCUUGUGUUUGUGUGAAUGCGGCCUAGAAUUCUCCCCACCAGUCGCUGUUCACCCCGCCCCGCCCCAAAUCCACUAUCCCUGUUUUGUCUAGAUACAGUCAUACCUGAUGUUAUGUUUGCUUCAUGUUACGUUUUUUCCGGUUGCAUCCCACGGUGACCCGGAAGUACCGGAAAGGGUUACUUCUGGGUUUCGCCACUUGCGUAUACGCACAAGCACUAAAUCGCGCUUCGCGCAUGCGCACAAGUGCCAAAUUGUGCUGUGCACCUGCACAGAUACGGUGCUUCAGGUUGAGGGCUUCUUAUGUUGUGAACGGGCCUCUGGAAUGGAUCCUAUUCACACCAGAGGUACCACUGUAUUCAGUAAUAUUGUCUGCAGGGCCAGCCCUACCGUUAGGCGGAGAGAGGAGCAUAGGAAGUUGCCUUUAUAUUGAGUUGAGUCACCUGGCUCAGUGUUGUUUACACACUGACUACAUGCUGCUGUCUGGGAUUUCAGACAGCGAACAUUCCCAGCACAAACUGGUGACACCGGAGAUUGAACCUGAGGCUUUCUGCAUGCAAAGCAGAUGCUGUACAAAAAAAGCUAUAUAGUCCAUCCUCUCUGAGCUCUGGCUUUCCUGCUGCCUUAGUCAGCGAAACUUGGGGUGCGUCCCCAGUCAGCAGUGGAAACCACCCAGUCUGCUUCUCCUGUGGACGGCGCUGUAUGUUUCACAUGCUUUGCUUGCCACCCCUAAGCUAUCCUGCUGCCCUCUGGUGCUACAGAAGAUGCUGUCCCAUCACCAGUGUUGAAGUAUGAUUCAGAUGCCUGUCCAAUUGGCUCUGAUCAUGGGAUAUAAAAGGGGACACCAUCUUGUGCUUCACCUCAGGAAACAAAAUGUCAUGGACUAGCCCUCAUUGUAAGAAGACUGCAGAUCUAGCUGUAAUGCUGAAUAUAAAUUCCUUUCACAAUCAUUUCCUCUUUCCUGGGAACCAUAAUAAAAAUAGGAAUAAAUUACUUGUACUCCACCCAUCUGACUGGGUUGCCCCAGCCCCUCUUCACGGCUUCCAACAUAAUAUAAAAACACAGUGAGAUAUCAAAAUUUUAAAACUUCCCAAUACAUUCCCGCCUUCAGGUGUCUUCGGAAAGUCGUUUGUUUGUUCAUUUCUUUGACUUCUGAUGGGAGAGUGAUCCACAGGGCGGGUGCCACUACCGAGAAGGCCCUCUGCCUGGUUCCCUGUAACUUUACUUCUUGCAACAAGAGAAAUGCCAGAAGGCUCUUGGAGCUGGAUCUCAGUGUCCGAGCUGAACUCAGGGGGUGGAGACACUCUUAGGAAUUGCAGAGUACUAGUAGUGGCAGCAGCGAAGACAUUUCUUAACAAAAUUCUCAGUAGCUCAAUCCCUUGAUCCUCGGAGGAAACUGUGACAAUUAAAAGUUAUAUAAAACCAAUAUUAAGUUUGCAAACAGGUCAGCUAGGACUUCUGAGUCAAACAAAAAGUUGUGUAAAAGUUCCCUUUUAAGUUGCUUAAGGAAUUCAGCCCUGUUCAUGACUUGGAGCCUACUGGGUACCAUAUGUCCAUUUUAUUUAUUUAUAAAAAUAUUCAUAUACAGUGGUACCUUGGUUUAUGAACUUAAUCUGUUUGGAAGUCCGUUCUUAAACCGAAACCAUUCUUAAACCAAGGUGCACUUUCCCUAAUGAGGCCUCCCACCACCGGUGCCCUUCCACCAUUCGGAUUCCGUUCUUAGACUGAGGUAAAGUUCGCAAACCGGGACACUACUUCCAGUUUUGCGACGUUUGUAAACCGAAUCGUUCGUAAACAGGGCUGUUUUUAAACUGAGGUACCACUGUACAGUGGUACCUUGGGUUACAUACACUUCAGGUUACAUACGCUUCAGGUUACAGACUCCACUAACCCAGAAAUAGUGCUUCAGGUUAAGAACUUUGCUUCAGGAUGAGAACAGAAAUCGUGCUCCGGCGGCACGGCGGCAGCAGGAGGCCCCAUUAGCUAAAAUGGUGCUCCAUGUUAAGAACAGUUUCAGGUUAAGAACGGUCCUCCGGAAUGAAUUAAGUACUUAACCCAAGGUACCACUGUACCUCUAUAGCAUAAAAAUAUCAAAGACCUUUACAGCAAUAUCAAUAUAUAUUAAAGAACCACAUUAAAAAUUGUAAUUGGAGACCAUCAGUUUCCAGUUAUGGGAAGGUGCUUUUCUGAUUGUUUGCAUAAGCCUGGUGGCAUCAAAAAGUUUUCAGGAGGCAUUUAAAGAUUUAAACAGAAGGUGGCUGCUGGAUCCCUAUGGGCAGAGCAUUCCUCAGGAUUGGACUGAUAACACUAAAGGCUUGGUUUCUUGUUCUUGCAGACAACACUGGUGUUUGCUGAAAGAGGUUUCCGUGGGAAAGCAAACAUUUGACUCUGGGGCUCUGCAUUACGUAUUUGUUCUAAUCUUCAAUUUCUUCGAAAAGGCAGGGGAAAUGGAGCUCCAGGGAGCUGCAGGUCAGGUUCAGGCCUGCUGUUAUGAGCAAUGUUGAUACUGGGCUGCUUUGGAGGCCCUGAGGUUGGGGAUUUGCUCCUGUUUGAUGGCGUGAUGGCAGUUUUGUUCCCCGGAGACUGCUGACUUUGCCCAUGUAAAGAUUGCCAUUUUUGAGCUUUGGAGGGAGGGAGUGGAGGCAACAUUUUCUGCUUUAUGGGAAGGUGUUUUGUGUGUGUCCGUAUUACCAAACAGUUGGGGAUGUCUAUUUGUCGUCGAGCAAUCAGAUUUAUCAGCUUGGUUCCUUUCAGGGGCCUUUAAGUGCUCUCACAUUCCUGCUGGUUUGGCUUGGUGGGAACAGGGCACCACUCCGGUUUGCCUUAAGGUGGGCAGCUGCCAGAGAAGGCGAGGCUCCUGCUUCUUCUGCACAAGGUCCACUUUUGUGAAUGCCAGCUGCUUGGAGUCACACCUGGGGAGGAGAGUGUUCAUGCAAUCAGGUCUGACAUCCCAUAAGCAUCAGGGUGCGGCCUCUGUGAGAGCGGGAUGCUGGACCAGGUGGGCCAUUGGCCCUGAUCCAGCAGGGCUCUCCUUAUGGUCUCAGCAUGUUUUUAUCUGUUACGUAGCAUUAUCAAUACACAUGGUGGUUUACAGACUAAAAUUGAGACACCUGCUUUGAAAAAGUUAAAUUUCUGUAAGGGUGCAGAGGAGGAAGAGCAGGGUGUCCUUUUAGUAAUUAAAUGUCAAUGCAUGGCAAAAAGGGGAAAAAUAUGAAAUGCAUCAGCACCUGAAGAGAAUAAACAAGGCUACACUAAUCUAUUUAUGUCAGGCAUGUCCAAAGUCCGUUUUGGGGGUCUAAUCCGGCCCACUGGUCGGUUUCAUCCAUCCCCUGUGGCAGUUUAUUUCCUGGGGUAAAAUUUCCAAAAAAGCUCAGCAACUUUGGUUGGCCCUCACGCAUGUUCGAUUCAUCAAAUCUGGCCCUCUUUAAAAAAAGUUUGGGCACCCCUGAUUUAUAUAGAUACAAAUUUAAUAAUCAUUUACUAUAAUUUCAUGGAGUCAUGUUGAGUUGGAAGGGACCACGGGGGUUAUUUAGUCCAGUUCCCUGCAAUUCAGGGAUCUUUUUCCCAACAUGGGGCUCAAACCCACAACCCUGGGGUUAAAAGUCUCAUGCUCUACUGACUGAGCUAUACAUCUCGCCAUAGUGAGGAAGAUUGUAGCCAGGUGUCCUGUGUGCCUGGUUGGUCUGCCACUCAGGUGUUCCCUGUUGCUGAUGGGCAAUUUCAAGGCCCUGCUCUCCCUUAUAAUUCAUUGUUUUCCCACUGGACUUGUCCUCUGAUCGCCCGUCAGAUAGAGGAUUGUCUUUUGGAAAUUAGGGCAGAUGGCCACCGUAGGUAAUAGUAACAAAGAGGAAAGGGAGCAAAUGCAGUUCUUUCUAUUUAGUUCUCAGGUGAGAACAAAAAUGAGAACAAAAGGGUUAACCCAGCUUUCCCUCAGCCUGAUCCCUCCAGAUGUUUUGGACACAUAACACAAUGGGAGUUUUUGGCUCUAUGGCACCAGGUUGGAGAUGGUCACCUUCUUUGUGGGCUUUGAGAAGGUACUUGAAAGAUGCUAAAGAGGAGACAUUGUAAAGGCCUUUUGGCAGGGAGAUUAUCUCUGUUGCUUCUGGGCGACUUCCAGACCAUCAAUAGUGUGUAGGAGGAAAUCAGUCAGAUGCUGGAAAUUUAGGUUUUUGUAAUUAAAGUGGUGCAACAAAUCUACUUAAAAACAAAUAAAAAACCCAGAUGUCUUGCAAUUAGGAACUGAUGAGAAAAAACACUAAGAAGUGUGAGUUAAAUGAUUCCAAGGAAGUCAGGAUGAAUACUCACUGUGGUAUAACCACCCCACAAACAUUUCGGACCUCAUGCUCAAUAAACAGCAAGCAAGUUGGGAUGAAUGCUGAAUAAACUGGUUUGUCUGGAGGAGCACCUGGUCACUACAGCAGCAGCAGCAACAGCUUUGUUGUUUCUUCCUUUGGGUUUGGUUUUGCAGUCAAAGGGUGCUUGCAGGCUGUCACAAUUUUCAGGUGAGAUUCAGUCCACAUACCAGCAAAUUCAGGUUGUGUGGUUGUGGUUGGCCAAGAGGUCUCGUACAACAAACCUGCUUCUGCAAAAGGCUAGACUUUUUUUUCCAGUAAGGAAGGAGAUGAGUGAAUGCUCUGGAAACCAUGGAAUAUUUGCUUUGAUGCAGCGUCAUCUAACCUCUGUGCUAGCAAGUCACAAUGAAUGCUUGGUAAAUUGGCUGCCUGGAAGCACCCCAAGAACUGGUGUCAAGUCCAAUGCCAAUUCCUUCAUUAUCCAUGCAGUGUAGCCCAUACUUUUUCUAUGUCGCAUACAUAAGAGCACAUCGCUGCGCUCCCUGUAAAUGGAAUGAGAACAACAAACAGACAUGUGCCUCCAUGUUGUCCUAAGGCUGGCAUUCUCCAUUCACCCAGGAGAGGUGGGAAAUAGCCAUGCUGAUUGUGAGUAUGGAAGACUGGCUGAAAGCUCAUCAAGGCGAAACGAGUUCAUUUUUUUUAAAAAAAUAUUUUUAUUAAGCAAUUUCAACAUAACAAAUUAUCAAACCAUAUAAUCACACAGAUUAUUUCCCCCCCUUUUUCCCCACCUCCCUUCCAUCCCUCCUGCCCCCCACCAGGGACUUCCCUCAGCUCCUCUCUCUGAUUUUUCUCUGCAUGUUAUAAAAUUAUACAUAUCCUUGCGUUGUCUAUCUAUCAUGUUAUCAACCAAUAAAUUUGUGUAUGUUUAUUCAAAACAUGCCAAGGAGUCCAGUUCAUUUUGUUGUCUUUUUAGAUAAUUUGUAAAAAGUUCCCAUUCUUCCUUAAAGUCGCAGUUGUCCUUGUCCCGCAGUUUAUAUGUCAAUUUAGCCAGUUCUUCAUAGCUCAUCAAUUUUUCUCGCCACUGUUCUUUCAUUGAGAUUUCCUCAUUCUUCCAUCCUUGUGCUAUCAAGACUCUUGCCGCUGUUGCAGCAUACAUAAAUAAGUUCUUUGUUUUUCUUGGCAGGUCUUGUCCUACAAUCCCUAACAAAAAUGCUUCUGGUUUUUUUUACAAAUGUCAUUUUAAACAUUUUUUUCAAUUCAUUGUAUAUCAUUUCCCAAUUUUUUUUAACUUCUCUACAUUCCCUCCACAUAUGGUAAAAAGUCCCCUCUUUUUCUUUACAUUUCCAACAUAUGUUUGACGAAACGAGUUCAAAUUUAAUGACCUAGUCUGUGAACCCCUAGGGCCUAAGGAGAUAGUAAACGAAAGCCUCUCGGAGGCAGGAGAGGAAGAAGAUGCAUUGUGGGAAAAGAUUGAGAGUGUCCGGCACAAGCUGACCCGCUCUCUGAACCCAGCCAAACUGACUCCAUACCUCCGCCAGUGCCGUGUGAUUGAUGAGCAGGAUGAAGAGAUGGUGCUGAGUCCCCAUCAGUUUCCAUGCAAGAGCAACCGGACAGGUGAGAGAAGUGAAGAACUCACAUGGAAAGUACAGCGCUGGGGGUGAAGGCUUGCUUUGUAUAAAGCAGUCCUGGCCCAAAGCCCUAAUCCAGGAAUGGAUCCCAGACACAUGUCGCUACGGUCCUGGCUUAUUGCUUUUAUUUAUCAUGGCUUCACAUUGCAUUUUAAUAUGAAAAGAGCUUCUCUCUCUCCCUUUCCUUCUCCCCCUCACUCUGCCUUACCCACACAACAAUCACUAUGAUUUAUGCUCUUGUUGUUCCCAUUUUACAAAAUGGGGCUUAAGAUUCACGCAGGGAGACGGAGACUGAAAUGAAAUUGGGCUCAAGCCUUCCGGAUCCAGCAGCUUCUGCAUGAUUUUGGGACAGCGGGAGAAGGUUGGAGUAGUAUCUUUGGAUACUUGAAGCUGCUUGGUUUUUGGUUCGGCUCGCUGCUGAUCGUGUGGCACACAUUUGUUCUAUUGUUAUUAUUUAUUGUCUUCCUCUGCAGGACUCCUCAUGGAUAUCUUGCGAAACCGAGGGAAAAGAGGCUACGAAGCAUUCCUAGAAUCCCUGGAGUUCUAUUACCCUGAGCAUUUCACCCAGCUGACGGGGAAGCAGCCAGUUCAGCGUUGCUCAAUGAUCCUGGGUAAGAAGUUGUGGAAGUCUCCUCCUUUGCACAGGAGGCCGACAGCUUGCUGAAGCAGGUCAGGGUCGGGUCAGUGCCUGGGAAUCACAUGCAGGGUGAAUGGGCAUGUGGUGACCAACCUAGUGCUUCCGCUGCCUUUGCCGCCACCUCUCCCUGCCCCAUCCCAUUCUUGACAAGCAGCAGUGGUGCCACAUCUGGGAAGGCAGGGCAGGAGCAGCACCCCAACUCCCACUCUGUGACGGCCGCAAAGUGUGAAGCAGAGAUGUGUGUUUGUGUACUCGCAGUGGGGUGCUUCAGUUGGACAGCAUCUUCCUGGCACAUGCCCAGUGUAUGUUUAUAAAGAAACAUCUCCACAUGUGGCAUUGUCUGCUGCUGCAAAUGCCAGCCAAUGUGUGGUGAACAUGUUCAUCCUGUUAAUGUGUGAUUUGACUGCCCUUGGUUAGAAACAUAGCAACCUGCUGUACACUGAGCUGGACCAUUGCUCCAUUUGGUCUGGUACACAAUUAAAAGUGUUGGUGCUGACCUUUAAAGCCUUAAAUGGCCUCGGCCUAGUAUAGCUGAAGGAGUGUCUCCACCCCAAUUGUUCAGCCUGGACACUGAGGUCCAGCUCCAAGGGCCUUCUGGCCGUUCCCUCCCUGCGAGAAGUGAGGUUGCAGGGAACCAGGCAGAGGGCCUUCUCGGUAGUGGCGCCCUCCCAUCAGAUGUCAAGGAAAUAAACAACUAUCUGACAUUUAGAAGACAUCUGAAGGCAGUCCUGUUUAGGGAAGUUUUUAAUGUCUAAUGUUUUAUUGUGCUUUUACUAUUCUGUUGGGGACCACCCAGAGUGGAUGCGGAAACCCAGCCGGAUGGGUGGGGUAUAAAUAAUAAAUUAUUAUUAAUUAUUAUUCCUAAACUUCCCUCCACCCCGUGGUCUGCUUGCAAAUUGCUGAGGAUCUUGGUGGACCACUUAAUGAUUCUCCUGCCUGUUGCAGUAGUUGUGAUGUGCUGUGACAGAUGCGGCAUGAUUUUUAAUUGCAUUGUUAUUGCUGCUUUUAUUUCAUAUGUUGUAUUGUAUUACAGUGUGAAUUCCAUAAAUACAACAUAAAAUAAAAAUCCAUAUGGAUAUUAAAUGACUGUGCCCGCUGUUCACAUCUGCUGCUCCCCCUGUUCUUCACAGACACACCAUGGGCCACCUGUAUGAAGCUUACGGACCAUAAUUUGUGAACCCCUGGUCUACUUGAUUGGUAGCCAACAUGACUACCAGUCAGAUGUUAACUACAACUCCCAGAUGUUAACUACAACUCCCAUAACCUUUGGACGUGCUGGCUGGGGCUGAUGGGAGUUGUAGUUCACAACCUCUUAAGACUAUCAGGUUGGCCACUGUUGAUCUACACCAGUGUUUCCCAGCCUUGGGUUGCCAGCUGAUUUUGGACUACAACUCCCAUCCUCCCUAGCUAGCAAGACCAGUGGUCAGGAAUGAUGGGAACUGUAGUCCAAAAACAGCUGGAGACCCAAGGUUGGGAAAUACUGAUUUUUGGGCAGGAGGCUCAUCCCAGUGCUACCUGCAUAUGCUGAACAUUGACUCUGGGAAUAUUUUUGCAGACAAGACAGGCCCUCUGCUGCUGAGCUAUGGCCCUUGAGAGUCCAUGGGUUAUCUGCAAAACAAGUCCUAGAGUAGACCCACUAACUAACAUAGGCCCAUUAAUUUCAGUGGGUCUACUGUGAGUGGAAACAUGGUUGGCUGUAACCCCCAUGUGCCCAGUUUGCUGAGCAUCCUCUUGCUUUCCAGACGAGGAGGGCCAUGAAGGCCUGACUCAGUUCCUGAUCAUGGAGGUGAAGAAGAUGAGGGCUCAGCGGAGAGGGCAGUUGGAAAAGGAACAAGGGCUCCAGGCAAAGAACCGGGCCUUGGAGGAGGAGGGCGCCCAGCUGAAGCAGCAGCUCCAGAAGCUGCAGAAGGCGCAGGAACGUUACCAGAGGUUCCAGGAGGAGUGGGACUCCCACAGCAUGGAGCUGCUGAAGCUGAAGGACGACAACUACAUGCUGGCCAUGCGCUACACCCACCUGUGCGAGGAGAAGAACGCUGCUGUUCUCCGAAGCCGGGACCUGCAGCUGGGGGUAUGGAGAGCAGGGGGAAAGAGAGAGGUGGGGACUAUUGGUGAAUGCAUGCAGGUGUUAACAGGGCAAUGGAAACAGGUGUACACACCCAAGAUAAACCAAGGCCGCUUCCGUGUGCCAGGAAUCACUGUUAAUGAUGCACUGCCUGCCUGGAUGUAGGUGCUUUGGUUUCAUUGGCCCCGGCCUGCCAGCCACUCCUUUAUAGGGAAAUUGGGGGAAGGUGUCUGAAGGCUGGCCAGCGAGUUGCUUGACUGUUGUCUCAUAUUUGAAGGUUUAAAAAAGUUUCCCCAGAGUAGUGCUCGAGGAAAUUAGGCAAAGGAAUGCAGCGAUUUGGAAUGAAUGCCACCACCAGUGGAUUCUCAGAAACACAGGAGUGUAUAUACAGUGGUACCUCGGGUUACAGACGCUUCAGGUUACAGAUGCUUCAGGUUACAGACUCCGUUAACCCAGAAAGAGUACCUCGGGUUAAGAACUUUGCUUCAGGAUGAGAACAGAAAUCGCAGCGCGGUGGCAUGGUGGCAGUGAGAGGCCCCAUUAGCUAAAAUGGUACCUCAGGUUAAGAACAGUUUCAGGUUAAGAACGGACCUCCGGAACGAAUUAAGUUCUUAACCCGAGGUACCACUGUACCAGGAAAGGGAACGCCUUAUAUUUAGCAAAUGACACUAUGUUAUGGGUGUGUGAACUUUCGUCAUGCAGUCAGUUUUGGAGGACUGGUGUCAUAACAGAAUAUCCAGGCUGCUGUUUUUGCAUGAAGGCCAGAGCGUGCAUAUACUUUACGAAAAGCCCCAGGUACAAAUAAAAGGUUCUGAAUUAUAGAGAAGUAGCUGUUUUCUCCGGCAAGUCUCAUAACAUGAUAAUUCUUAAGCUGAUGUUUACUGGGGUAGGGAACUGUCUGAUACCCAGUCAGAUUAUUUGUCAGUCUUGGACAUUUUUGGGAUGUAGCCCUUGCUUGCCCUACUCAGAGUAGACCCACUGACGUUGCUAAACGACUAACUCACUGAUUUCUAUGCGUUUACCUUGAGUAUAACUGAGUUGGAUACAACCCAUUGUGUCUGAUCUGGCUGGCAGCAGCUAUCCAGGCCAAGGGUCUAUCACAGGCAUAGGCAAACUCGGCCCUCCAGAUGUUUUGGGACUACAAUUCCCAUCAUCCCUGACCACUGGUCCUGUUAGCUAGGGAUCAUGGGAGUUGUAGUCCCAAAGCAUCUGGAGGGCCGAGUUUGCCUAUGCCUGGUCUAUCACCUCACCUGAUCCUUUGAACUGGAGACACCUGGGAUUGAACCUGCUUCCUUCUGCAUGCAAGGCAUAUGUCUUACCAGGUAUAGCAUUUCCUGAUGUUCCAAAUAUUCCCAGCCAGCUUUUUCUCACCUUCCAAGUCCCUCCUUGGGAGUUUUGUAUUCUCUUGGGCUCCUCUCAAAGCUCUCUCUCCCCCCACUCCCCCUUCAGUUAAUUUAGGCAUAUGUAUACACCCUGUUUGCUUUCUGUCUUGUGGUUUCUCUUGUAUUUGUAUCCCUCCCCUCUUGUCCUCCCCUUCCUUUUAUUAUCUCUCCCACUUGUCCCCCUGUAUGGCACGGCCACUGUGGAGUAAGCAACUGUCUGCUAUUUUGCUCCGUAAAGCCCUAUGCAUAUUGAUGACGCCGUAAAAAUGAUUGAUGGCGGCAGUCCUCGCCUUCCUUGGUUAGAUCUGAGCCCUGUAGUUACUUUCACAUUUGCUCCAGGAAGGCAUUAAUACGCAGACCAUGGCUAAGGCACUUCUUAAUCUUCUCUUUAGUGAACUGAAAAGGGGCUUCGUUUGUGUUUAUAGCAGAGCAUCUUUUCAUGUAGGAUGCAAGUAUCAGAAAGUGAGGGGCUGCCUCUAGGGUACGUUCGUGUAUGUCUGCCUUCACUUAUUCGCAAUGGAAGAUGUAUAUAACAUGUCAUUCUUCUUGUAGAUUAUUUUUAUUAUUUCCACAUUUCCCACUCUGUCCCUAAAGGUUCAGUAUAGGAUGCCAACAGCAAUUUAAAUUACGAUAUUUGACAUUUUUUAUAGUGGCUCACAGUAUUCAAAAUGCUUCAUGUAGGUAGUGGCGCCCACCCUAUGGAAUGCCCUCCCAUCAGAUGUCAAAGAAAUAAACAACUGUCUGACGUUUAGGAGACAUCUGAAGGCAGCCCUGUUCAGGGAAGUUUUUAAUGACUGAUGUUUUAAUGUAUUUUUAAUCUUUUGUUGGAAGCCGUCCAGAGUGGCUGGGGAAACCCAGCCAGAUGGGCGUGGUAUAAAUAAUAUUUAUUAUUAUUAUUAUUAUUAUUAUUAUUAUUAUAUCAGUAAUUCCCUUAAAACUCCCCAGUUGGGUAAGGUUGGUUUUAUCAAAUAUACCAUGGGUAGGGAACUGGAUCAGAUUGGCAGGUUGGACCCAGAAUUCCUUCACCUUCCAAGGGCCACUUUGGCAGCUGGGCAGGGCUACUCACCUGUCAACCAGCUGACAUGAUAUGAUAUCAGGUGUUCCAACUUUAAACCUGUAGCUUUCAAGAAGAUGCUUCCUUUGCAGCCUCUUUAAUUCAAGCUGCGACUGCAAAGAGCCAUCCUUUGUAGCCGUGUCUUGACUUCAAGCUGUGGCUGCAAAGGAAAAUCCCUGUAAGUGCACUCCUGAUUCUAUGUUUCUAACUGUAAUUCAGUACCUUUUGAAUGGGGUGUGGUGACCGAAAAAGGUUCCAGCAUUUUAAAAAGCUCUGAAAUCUACUGGCAGCUGCAAAACAGGACCUGAGCUGAAUCAGUGGUUGUCAAAUGCUGACUGUCUGGUGGGAAAUAAAGAAAACCAGGUGGAUUGGGGGUGGUGGUGCAGAAUAAAGUGUUGAACCCUGAAGAAGAAGAUGCAUUUUUACACUGCAACAUUUUAUUGCAAGUCCCACUUGUCACCCCCAUUUUACAGAAGUGGAGGCCGAGGUUGGAGAGAGGAACUUGCCCCAGGCCCUCUGCUGAGCUCAUGGCAGAAUGAGCCUAGCAAAACCAACCCAGAUCUGCAAUAUCAGUAUGUAGCAGCAAUUAAAGAAAGCCUCAUUCUUAUUUGCUGUUGCUAAAACCUGUGUUCAUGUGAAAUGGUUUAGUGUGUGUGUGCUCACGAGAGAGAUGAAAACGUCUUUAUUUGCCCUUCUUGUGAUUCAUGGGACAGAACGUUGAUCUUUUCCACAUUUUUUUAAUCAGAUAAAGAGUUUGGUGUACUGUGGUUUAAGCAUAGUACGUUUUGUGCGUGCUUGUGUGUUGUUAUGCAUGCAAGGCAUGCUUAGGAUUUCCCCCCUUGUUGCUUAGAAUGUAGGUGUGUCAUCUGAUUGUUUUUGUGCUCCCAAUCACUUCCCAGCUGAUGACUCAUCAGGAAAUUUGUAGGUACUCCAGGUGAGAUAAAAACAUGAACGGACCUUUAAUUGACCUUGUAAGGCUACUAAGGUUAGAAAGUGGUUGGAAGCUUAAACGGUUGGGUGAUAAACCCGCAUCCUAAGCAGUUUUAUCAUUCCAAAUACCUGAAGGAGUUUAUGGGGCUGCCGCUUGGUCACCUGGCUUUCACCUUGAGCAACUGACAUACCUCUUUCCUCUCUCCGAGUCAGGAGAGUUUCACUAUGAGCUAAUCUGUUCUGAUCUGAUUUUACUUAUCUGGAAUAACUUCUUAUCUGGAAUAAUAAUAGUCUUCUGGUUCCUGGGAUUCUUGCCACAGAGCUCUUGCUCACUGUUGCCCUGCGGUAUUGUCUUCAUCUUCAUUCCUGGGUUUACCUAAACUGCUCCUCCCUGUUUACCUGUAUCCUGUACUCCUUCCUGUUUAUCUUGCACCACCUCUGCACUUUCUGUCACAGCACUAUGGAAAACAAUGUGGAAUGUGGGUCUAGUGCAGAGAUAGCCAAUGGGGUUGUCCUCCAGUUGCCAAACUACAACUACGGUCAACCCAGCCAACUUGGAACAAUGGUCAUGGAUGGUGGGAGUUGUAGUUCAGCAACAACCGCCGCACUGACUGCCCCAUGCCGAGAGAGAGAGAGAGAAUAACUUGAUUGAUCCUGCCUAAAUUGGAGUAAUUCUGUUUUCAUAUUAAUUUCAUUUACAAAGGAGCAAAUGCUCUCCUGUUUUUGCAAGCCUCUUUUCCAAACAAUAUUACAUGUUUCAUAAAAUUUACGCACCACUUGCUUGUUAAAAAAACCUCAAAGCAGUUUACAAAAGAUAAAAUCAAGAAAAAUUUGCAAACCUACUUUGUCAGAUCAACCCUGGUCUUCUGCUUUGCAUCUGAGGCUGUCCAGGCAUCUGGCAAGACUCUACUCCUCCCCCAGUUUGGGAAAGGGGAAAGACAGAGCCAUUGAACAUGAAAAGAAGGCUGGGGGUUGGGAACGAGGAGAAGGCCAUCCUUAUAGGACCCUGAUUUAUGGUCCAAGGCUAUUAGGAAUAGCCUAUCAGUCCCAAUUUCUAUCUAAUUCUUGGCAUUCUUUCUUCUUAAUCAGAGAUAUUGAGUGCAUGUCCUAAAAAGAGAGGUGGUUGUUUUGACAUCCUUCCCUUUUGAUCUGGAAGCUCUGAUCCCGGUCCCCAGAAUCGUAGGAUGGGUUAUGGGGAGAGAAGCUCACUUUGUUCAGAUUCAUUUAUGCUUAGUUCAUCCCCUUGUCUUUAUUAUCACUUGAUAGGUUUGAGGGUUUUAGACUGCGGCUUUAUAAUUUGUAAUUACAUCGUUUUAUGUUUUCAAAGUGUUGUGAACCACUUUGAAGAAGUUAAUCCUUCAAAGGCAGCUUGCCAAUCAAUCAAUCAAUCAAAUCAAUCAAAUCAGUAAAGAAAAGAAAAGAAAAGAAAAGAAAAGAAAAGGGGAUUGAGCGGCUGUGGCCUUUGUUUCCUAUAUUUCAGGUAGACCAGAUGAAAUGCAAGGUCAGCAGCCUGGAAGAAGAAUGCGCCCUACUUAGGAAGCAGGCAUUGACAGCUCCCCAGAGAGAAGUGGAGGAUCGUGGCCUUGCUGACACUAUUUGUGAGUUGCGAGCAGAGAACCAGAGACUGAUAGCUUCGCUUCAGGAGCUGCAGAGCAGGCUGCAGGUACUUGCUGAAAAUGUUUAAUGCUAACCUGUGGAGUACUGAAUUGCAUCUAAUGUCUCACCGCUGAAACUUGAGCUUCUCCUGGAUGGUAAGAGCCAGCCUCUGCGUGCAGGAAGUUCUUCUCGGUCCAGCAAUGUCUUCUCCAGUCUGACGGGGAUACCUCAAAGGCAGAGCAUAUGGUUUGAAUGUGGAAGGUCCCAGGAAAAUUAAAAUAUGCAGCCCUGCUGGAUCAUCUAGUUCUCCCAGUGGCCAACCAGAUGCCUGCAAGAAGCCUGCCAGCAGGACCUGAGGGCAACCUGAAGAUCCAAAGGGCCUGGGACAGUUGGUAUAGUUCAGGAUGGGCAAAAACAGUUGCUGGACUACAGCUCCCAUCAUCUCUGACCUUUGGCCAUGUUGGCUGUGGCUGAUGGGAGCUGGAGUCUUAACAACACCUGGAGGUGGUGCAGAAGGUAUAUGUUUGUGGGAUGCAGGCUGCUGGGAGGUCUGGUUCAAGACACCUGCCCAUCACAGUGCUUUAGCCUCAUCUCUGUUGCCUCUACCUCUCUCUGCUAUCUAGCUAGAGGUUUGAUUUUACGUGUGGCCCUCCAACAAGCGAAGGGUUGGACACCAGCAAGGCUGCCCUAUUCUCAUUGCUGCGGUGCCUUGCCUUUUUGUGAACCUUUGUUUUCCCCUGCCCCAAAUAAACCGUUUUCAAAGCUCCUAAUUUCACCUUUGUGUUGCUGGAGCUUGCACCGUCCACGAUUCGUUUCGAAAGAGAAAAUGUGCUGAACUGACAAAUCUCCUGCAGCAAGGCUGGUCCCUGACGCUGCAUCCAAGGCGACCACAAUGCUUCUCAUGGAGGAUGGAGCUUGGUGCGCCUGUUGCUAGAUCACGGCUCUAGCGCUAGUAAAAUGCUAAGAGGAAUAAAAUCUAUUUAAAAGAAAGGCGUCUAGUGUUGGCUUAGAGAUGUAGGUAGAAUACCAAUGGGUGGUUUCAACAGCUGUGACUGUUUAGGAGAUGAAAGCUGCCUGUUGAUAUCUGGGUUACAAAAUCUUAACCCACGGAUAGUAUGUGAACACAUUAUUUUACCGUUUCCCCCUGUUUUGUUUAAAAAAAGGUAUCCUGCAUCACAGACCCCUUAUCUCUCCACCCUAAAUGCUGUUUGUACGACCUUAUAUCACGAUACACAGCUUAUUUGCAAAACCUGGAGAAAAAUGUUUAAAACACAUUUUCAGUUUGAGAUUAUUUCCAAUCCCCCAGCCCCCAAAGAAGAAAGGUUUAACCAGGAGAGGACAUAUUUUAACUUGGGGAUGUGAAAAUAAAUUGAUUGGUGAGGAGGCAGCAUCUGGAUAGAAUCAGUUCGUUAUAUAAAUCUAUUACAUGCUCAGCAAAAUGUUGAUAUUGCCAUUUAAAACUGUGUAAUUUAAACUUGGAGUGGUUUAAGAACAGGGACCAUAAAGCAUGAAAUUAUAAGGUUCUUAUCUUGGAAGACGUGACCCCAUCUUUCCGUGUUCCUAAUGAACCGUAAAGCAUUGCUUAGUUACGACAUUUUGACAUUACAGCUUCAAUCAUUCACAGUUUGGUUCUUUAGUUUGAGAUGGAGGGUAUAUUUUCCAUUCAGUAUUUUGGAUAUCCCUACCGGCAUGUUACGUGCAAACAGAGCUAACAUGUGAACCAGCUGUUAGGGCACAUCCACCCUGAAGACCUCCCAUCAUUCCUUUCCCCAGAAAACCUUGGGAUUUGUAGUUCUGUGAGGGGGUGGAUAGGGAGUCACCAAACUAGAAUUCCCAGCAUUGAGAACAUAAGAAGAGCCUGCCAGAUCAGGCCAGUGGCCCAUCUAGGCCAGCAUCCUGGCAUAAAAAAUGGUGUGGAGCUUGUAUUGUAAGAGGCGCCUGCAGUUUGUGGUGGGGGAAAUUAUAAAACAAAAAAACGUAUAUAUAGAUGACAUAUAUUCCCCAGUGGGGGAUACUGAAAACAGCCACCCUGCAAGUGUUGACUGCUGUUUCUCUCUCUGUCCAUCAUGCUAUCCCUAAUUCUGCUCAUCCCACCAGACAGGUGAUUCUGCAUUUCUGUCGCUUAGGUAGCAGGUGAAGGUCAAGUCCCAGGCUCUGAGAGGAUCCUUCUAGACAUUCUGGAGCACGACUGGAAGGAAGCACAAGCAGACCGGCAGGAACUGUGCCAGAAACUGGACUCUGUGCAAAAUGAGCUGCAGUGGGCCGAGGAGCUGAGAGAUAAGGUCAGUUGCCCCUUCCCUGGGCAUCUGUUUUGGGGGAAGCUUUGAUGCAGUUGUGGUCUGAAUGCAUUCAGUUCUUAAUGUCUUAGCCAGGUUUUGCAGGGCCCUUACCAAGUUGCUCUCAAGAGUCACCGUUCUCUAAGUGGGUCGCCUCCUCGCUAUGGCUCUUUUGCUUCCCCUUCUCUCUGGCCGCAGCCCAGUCUGCUUCACAGAAACAGCUGCCUGAUACCAAGACAGGCCAUAGCAUCAUCUAGCUCAGUAUUGUCCAUAGUGGCAGCAGCUCCGCGGGGUUUCAGACAGGGGUCUCUUUGUCAGCUGUACCAGAGAUGCUUGAGAUUGAACCUGGGACCGUCUGCAUGCAAAGCUGAUUUUCUGCCCCUGUGCCCAUGGCCCUUCUUGGGCUUCACUGCCCGGAAGGAGAGGGCAAGAUGAGUGGAUGCUGCUGACCGCCCCUUCCUUUGCUCUUGCCGCUGCUCACUUGCUUGGAGAGGGGAAGGUGAACAAGCAGAGGUAGCCAGGAAGAAGAGGAACAGGACCGAAGUGCUGACACCGGGUAUGGCUCUUGGCAGCUGCCCAUCAAUGCUGACUGCUGACAUUGGCCCUGUUCAAAGCUACUACCACGAAGCCAGGCUCUCUAUCCCAUUAGCUGGUGUAUGUUGAGCUGUGUGUGCUUGCAAAGAGGUGACAAUAAAUAAUUGCACAUGCAUCCUUCUUUUUUUCCACUUGAUGUGUUACAGAUCUGGUUGCACAGGUUGCAGGUCUAAACCUGCAGCAGUUUUAAGCCCUAAAUAUAUUCCUUGAAAAUGUAACCCUCUGGAUUCUCUCCCCGCCCCCCAUCCCACCUCUCCAGUAUCUGCAAGAUAAGGAAGACCUCCAGCUGAAGCACCAAACUCUGCAGAAGAACUGUGACCUGUACAAACACAGAAUGAAUACCGUGCUGGCUCAGUUAGAGGAGAUUGAGAAGGAAAGAGAUCAGGUGAGAUGCUUCUUUAAGGCAGUCUCCCCUCAUGCUAGAAGCAAGGCUCUCUGAUAAGAGAUAGAAUCCCUCUACUAUCAUUCUGGGUUGCUAGGUGAGGACGAGUGGUACUGAUGUAGUUAGUCAUGAGAAUCAAGAAGCCAAAAUGGAAGGAAUGCUAAGAAAAGAAUUUGGAAGCAGAGGAGAUCAACUGGAAUGGAGACCUUUUUGGUGGCUUCCUCCUCUCCUUAGUCCUAUGUCACCAUAUAAGGCAGUGGCUGAAAAGCUCAUCACUACAUUGGGCCACAGUGGAGAGAACCUGUGGCCCACCUGUUGUUGAACUCCAGCUCCUAUCAUUCUUGACUAUUGGCCAUGCUGGUUGUGGCUGAUGGGAAUUGGGAGUCCACCGGUAUCUGGAGGGCAGCAGUGUCCAGUGAGAAGGUGCUCCCAUUAGAAGCCGUCAUGCGGAGGACCCCCCCCCACUCUAUUCCUGAAGCUGCAGGGAGUUGAGGAUUGGUAUCCUACCAGCCAAGUAUGAGCCUUGCCAUACCUGUCUGCGAUUUGUAGUCCGUAAGUGUGGGAUAUGAUACUGAGCUCCAGAGCUCAGCAUCUGGGGAAACCCAAAAUUUCUCCAGAAAGCAGGCUCUCUAGUCCUUAAGACACCAAUGCAUACAGAUGGCACCUGGUUGGCAGAAGAGGACCUUGCAGUAGCCAAGGGUGGGGCAUUAUUGUUCUUGGUAACUCCUUGUCCCUGUCCCCUGGCUAUGGAAAGCAGAAUCGAUAAGCUGUGCAAGAUAAACAGAGGCAUGCAAAGUUGCUUAAUUUGUAUACUCCAUUACAGUAUACAAAAAACAAAAUCAGAAGAAAGUGUCUGUCUGUGUGUAAUCCCACCUUCCCAAGGUAUGUCAACCACCCCCCACCAGGAAUGUGUUUUGUUUCAGGCAAUCCAGAGCCGAGAUGGCGUUCAGCUGCAAUACUCCCAAAUCCUCAUUGAGAAGGACCAGUACCGCAAGCGUGUCCGGGCCUUGGAGGAAGAGAGGGACGAGCUGCUGGGCAGACUCACAGAGGCCGAGGGCAAGAUUGGCACCCUUGAAGCUCAGGUGCAGCGAUGCCAUUGCACCAGGGGCCUAGGCAAGAAGGUGCGUUUUGAAAAGAGGAGAAAGCUUUUGGGCAGAAAGGAAGGGGAGAAGGUGGAUAUUUUGGAAGGUGGGAAGGCGCGGCAGCUUAGACUUGAGUGGAAUAAAGUUAGGAGGGAAGGACAGAAUUCCUUGCACGUUAAGGGGAUGGGCUGAAGGUAAACUAGCAGCCGAGAAUUUAUCAAGCUCUUGGUUUGUUACUUAAGCCCUCAACUGCAAACUUGCAGUUUUAUCAGCUGUCCAUCUUCAAAUUCAAGUGGGUCUUUCCCGCUUUUCUUCUUAUGGAGCUUGAGCUGGCAGGCCUGGGUUUCCAAGGUGAUCACCCAUCCAGGCCCUCACUCGAGCCACACCUGCUUUGCUUCAGCAAGGUAGCUGGAUCAUGCGCCUUCAUGCCACAACCUGGGAGGGACCCUGCUGUGUUGUGAAGCACAUGUCAUAAUAAAGUAGGCCAUGAGUAUCUGCCGUGUACAUCCGUAGUGGAAGCUUUCCUACCAUUCAGUAACAGAAUAGCUCUGGUUGCAGCUCCACCUGCCCAAGAUAGACAAACAAUAGCUCAAGCGUGUUGAAGAUGGUGUGAUUUCAGGGAGCCUCAUUACCUGUCGUAUGCACAUAUAUUUUUGAACCAUGCAAGCCUGUGUGUGUUCACUCAGAAGUAAGCCCAAUUGUUUUCAUUAGGGCUUACUGCCAAGUAAGUGAGCAUAGGAGUGCAGCCUGUGUGUUGGUUAAUUUCAGUUGUGCAGUCUUGUGGUGCAGUUAACCUUUGAAGUGGCUCGUGGUCAGAGGUGUUGUGGCCUCUCCUCUGUGCCCCCUAGAAUCACUGCAGGAGGUGCAGCUUGGAGAGGGCAGCUUCUUGGCAAGUUUCAACAGUGCCACCUCUCUCGUUGAGGAGCUGACCCCUGAGACGUCUUUUGUUUUUCCACCCUGCAGAUGUGUUCCUCCUCCCAUUCACUUUGCUCCAUCCUAAGCAGCACUUGGAGCAUGGUAGAGAAGCCUCCAUCGCUGGAGGGUGGAGUGGUUGAUACGCCAGGCGUCUUGGAUGUCGUCUUCCCUGAUGACUGUAUAAGCCAGAACGGGGUAAGAGAGGGGUUGGAUAAAGCCAGAAUGUAGUAGAACUCAUGCCUUACAUGUAAACGUUUCGCAGAUUCAAUCUCUGGCAUCUCCAGUUUAAAAGAAUCAAGUAAUCUAGGGACGCGGGUGGCGCUGUGGGUUAAACCACAGAGCCUAGGAUUUGCAGAUCAGAAGGUUGGCAGUUCGAAUCCCCGCGAAGGGGUGAGCUCCCGUUACUUGGUCCCUGCUCCUGCCAGCCUAGCAGUUCGAAAGCACGUCAAAGUGCAAGUAGAUAAAUAGGUACCGCUCCGGCGGGAAGGUAAACGGCGUUUCCAUGCGCUGCUCUGGUUUGCCAGAAGUGGCUUAGUCAUGCUGGCCACAUGACCUGGAAGCUGUAUGUUGGCUCCCUCGGCCAAUAAAGCGCCACAAUCCCAGAGUCGACCACGAUUGGAUCUAAUGGUCAGGGGUCCCUUUACCUUUACCUUUAAUCUUGGUAGGGCUGGACAAUAUAUCAAUACAUCAUCCAAAACCUGUUUGAAAGUCCAUAUUGUGAUAAUCGGUUUCAUCAUUUUUGACCUGGCAAUAUAUUUUGAAUCAUGAUGUGUAUGUGUGCUAUGCAAAAAUUACAAUGUGAGGAAAACCGUGAAGCCAGCCAAAGCUUCUCUCAGUUCCUGCAGCUCCUUUAACUCAGCCAGCUCAGCUCUCCUCCGCCUCCUGCAGGGGCCAGCGAAUCACAAGAGCAGGUGCUGGCAAAAAUCACUAUGCGGUGGAAAACGUGAAGCUAACCAGUGCCUCCACAUAACUCCAUCCUCAUUUCAGACAUUGUGAUAUAUUGGUAUAUAAUUGAUAAUAUCACGAUGUCGAAAACCAGAUAUUGCCCAGCCCUAAGUCCUGGUGGGAAAGACCCCUCCCUGGGACCCCAGAGAGCUGUGGGCAGUCAGAGGAGACAACGCAGUCCUAGCUGGGCCAAUGAUCUGACUAGGAAUGAGGCAAUUUUCCUCUGUUCCUAAGAGUUUAGGCAGCUGUUUCACUGUUUUGCAGAGCAGUGGGUGUGGAUGUAACCUUUGUACGCUAGGCUAGUUUCUGCACACUCCCUUGUUUAUCCAGAGUUCAAGAACAUAUUCCAGUCAGGCUGAAAAACACUAAAUGAGAGUGUGAAGCAGCAGCUGGGAAGUUUAUACAGUCUAAGAAGAGUCUCAAGGGCCAGGCAAGUAGGCUUGGAGGGCUGCAUUUGGCCCCUGGGCCUGAGGUUCCCUGCCCUGCUAGAACUCCUGCAUUGCAGGGGGUUGGACUAGAUGAUCCUUGGGGUCCCUUCCAGCUCUACAAUUCUAUGAUUCAAACUCUUCAACCCACGACCCAAUUGGUGGCGCAACUCUGCCCUUCAUGCUGCCUGUUGUAACAUGCACCCCCACCAUCCAACCCCCCACAUAGGCUUUCUCCUCAUAUACAAACUUAUACAGUGGAUGCUCAGGUUGCGAAUGUGAUCCGUGCGGGAUGCACGUUCGCAACUCGCGUCUGCGCACGUGCGGGUUGCGAUUUGGCGCUUCUGCACAUGCACGACCACUGAAACUUGGAAGUAACCCUUUCCGGUACUUCCGGGUUUCGGCAGUCCGCAACCCAAAAAAACGCAACCUGAAGCGGCUGUAACCCGAGGUAUGACUGUACACACACUUGAUUUACAGUUUACUAGGUUUUAAUCUCGCUGAUGAACAGUGAGACAAGGAAGUUUGUGGUGCGUGUGGCGUUUUGGCUUUCAGGUCUUUUCUUCUCUCUCCUUAGGAAGUGACUCCAGAACGCGAGAGAGAAAUAAACCGCCUUUCCAUCUUCCCCUUCCCCCCCUGCACUGGCUCCAUUCUUCGGAGGCAGCGUGAGGACGGACCGACCCCCAUCAAGAGGUGACACUUGGAAUCCCAGCGCAAUGGCACUCUCUCUUACAUGUUGGUGUCUUCAGCCUCAGGCAAAGCCUCAAGGGAUUUUUUUAAAGCAUUGAACUUGAAUGCUUUAAAAUCCCAGUUCUUCCCCUUCUCCAAGUCUCCAGCUUCUUAAGGGGGGGGGGGAGAAGGAGGGAGGUAGAAUCUGUGUAGGAGGGCAGGAGAGUAGGGCCUUUCUUUGGAUGUGAUGAUGCUCUUUUCAUAGUUUCCCAUCACGGAUCCCAGGCUCUUAUCCCUUUUCUGCUCUCCCACUGUCCUGUUUCCUGGACAUAAAGCUUUUUUAAAAGGUGGGGCUGUCAUGGAGAGCAAGGAGGCAGUGAAGGGGGGGGGAAGAAACCCCAUUUUGAGUUGAGUGCAGCUUGAAAAGGGCUGGAUCUGACUCCAAAUGCAGCCAGCCUUCUUUGAGCAGGAGAAGAUUCCCUUUCAAACUUCCCCCUCCCCAUGUCUACAUGGGACAGGAGCCGACAGGCAGGUAGAAAGAAAAAGAAAGAAAAAGGGACUCCGUGGGCAGGACCUGAGACCUCGUGGUCUGUGCAUGCUGUAGGAUGCAAGGGGGUGGCAGGCAGCAAAUGUGGAGGACCUAAGAGGUUUUCAUUGCAGCUAGGGAGAUACGGGUGCACCAGUUAUAGUAGAUCGCAGGGAUAAAUGCAAGGGAGGAAAGGUGGGGUGAAUUCAAUAUGCCCUCUCCGGAGAAAGUGGGGUAUUUUUUUGGGUAGGACCAGAUGAUUGUGUGCAGGAGGAUGGAUGAGCAGCUGUCGUUUAUGAGAAGGGAUGCAAAAGCUGGCUCUAGGGCUGCAUCUAUGAGCAUCUCUGCAAUGAUAAGCCCUGGAAGUGGCUUGAUUGUGCUGCAGGCAGUCCCACCUAAUGUAGCUAAGCCUGUUUUGUCCUCAGCUAGUAUUUGGGACGGCUGACUGUUCAGGAACCUCAUGCAAACCACCCUGAGCUGUUUGGAGACAGGGAAGGAUCCAAAUGCAACAAAAGACAUCAAGAGAACACUGGAGAAAGGUGGAGGGAUGGUUUUGAUGUUUGUAUGCUUUUCAAUUAAUCCCUUCUGUGUUUCCUUUGUACUUUUAGUUGGUCCUGUGGGUCCUUUGGCAGCUUGGAAGACUUAACAGGUAUUGCCAAUCCUUCUCCUGCCCCCACCCCCUGCGUUACAGAGCCUCUCUUCUUGAGAGCUGUGGGCUCCCCCUGCCAAAUCAGCUGCUUGCCCGUGUGCCCACGAGGGGGCACCCUUGCCCCACACUUCCCCUGCCAGCUCUUGGGAGCCACCUCCAGGGUCUCGCCAGCACAUCGUUCUGAGGCUAUUCCGGUCUGGUGUGUUUAAUUUACAGCGGGUUUUUGUCUGACAGUGAAUUUGAUUCAGUUUCAGAGGAGUGGGAACCGGAAGAGAUAAAUGCUUCAGCUUCAGGCUGUUAUCGGUUCUUGGUGACAGGCUGUAAAUCUCCCAACGCCUGUCCCACUGUAUAUCUCAGGCCUUGGCUAGAUUGUGGAGUUUUCUACCAACGCCACUCCUUGGGGCAAUUGGCCCGUGUGCAAGUAGUGUCUGGCUUCUGCAGUCGGAGGCUUUGGAAAGUGGAGAGAUUUGCCCAGAGUCCACUCCAACAUACUUGGGGAAUCCACUCCUGGAUUUGCCCUGCUCCCUCCUUUUAUGGGCAUUUGAAGAAUCCAAUCUAGGUAUCGGUAGAGUACAGCUGACCAUCCUUUCACCUGCCUGCCACUCUGCUUGAUACACUGUUCUCCAGAACUUAUAUACUGAGGGGUCUCUUCUGAGAUUACUCUAGCUCAGGUGUGUGUUUGUGGGGGGACCUUUUUUCAGCCCAAGAACUGCAUGAAGGAAGAGGCACAGGACCAGAGGCAGAGCACUGAAUGUAGGUUAACAUUCACAACACACAAAAGCCAGAGGUUCCCCCACACACCCAGUUCUCCAUUCAGGCAAGCUUGGAUACAUAACCACAGUUUGGGGACACAUUCCAGCCAGGCGAAAGGAGGGUGUGCAACAGGGCCACUUAGGGGGCGUGGCUUGCAAAGGAGGUGUGGCCUAGGAAGAGUCCUGAGGGUCAGAGAGGGAGGCAUGCCGCCCCUAUCCUGAGCUUUCACUGCCCUUACUCCAGCUGUCUGGGAUUUGCUUUUCUCCGCAGCUGUCGGUUGCGCAACUGAGCUGGUGUUAAGUGACCUAAUAACUUUGUUGAGGGCGGGGUUGUGUGAAUCCUAACCUACAUGGCCAGCUGCCCAUGUAGCUGGAUCAUUUAAAUGCAGUUCUGGAGCUUGGGGUUUCCCCGGCCCAAUGACUUCAAUGCCUUUCAGAUGAAAGGUGCUUAUGAAUCCUUGCAUGUUGCCCAUGGUAACUUCUUGUUGUUCUGUCUGUCUGUCUCUCUCUCUCUCUCUCUCAGGAAGUGCCAUCAACACUCCUUCAUCUGCCAGAUCCCGUUCCUCUUCCAGCAGUGCCUACACCAGGGCAAAGUCAGAAAUCUGCUUGUCUGGAAGCUCUGUCAAGCAGGACUUCUCCAGGAGGUCUGUUUCCCUUUCUCAAACAAACACUCCUGCCUCCCUGAUGGUUUGGAGAGGCAGCCCUAUGAAUGCAGGCAUCCUAGGUGGGGCAGCCACGCUGGGUAACUCUGUGAGGUCUGUGCCUGCAGUUGAAUGGCAUCCGUUUCCAGGGCUUAUCUCCCCUCCCUGCUACUGGGUCCUGCAACCAUUGCUGCUGCUUCCACCGCUUCACCUGGUUGUGAAGAUAGGAACACGUAAAGCUGCCUUUUAUAGACUUGUUGGUCCAUCUACUCCAUCAAUGCCUGCUCUGACUGGCAGCAGCUCUCCAAGUUCUAACCAAGGUCCCUCUAGUCCAGCAACCUGUUCUCAACCAGAAGCUGUGGUUCUUCCAAAGGUUGUUGGACUCCCAAUUCCAAUGAAUGGCCAGUAAGACAGAGAUUAUGGGAUUUGUAGUCCAAGCAACAUCUAGAGGGCCACAGGUCCAUCCCGGCCGCAUAUCCUGCUCAUCGAAACAGAGAAUGAGAUGUACCAGAGUCUAAAUCCAUGCUGUCUUCCUUCCCCAUUCAGGUCUGUUGUGGUGCACCUGCCUCACACGGGGCCCAUGGCUGUCCCAGCGCCCCAGAGCAGCAGACUGGCUGGGGACAUCUCCAUCCUUGGAGGAAACACAACUGGGAUUUAUGUCCAGUGGGUGAGGCCAGGCUCAGAAGCAGAGUGCCUGGGGCUCAGAGAGGGAUGCCGACUCCUCGAGGUAUGAAUGAAUGUUUGGAAUUGCAGAUAAUGUCGGAGUGGGAAGAGUUACAAGGAAGUGGAAUGGGUGGGUGGGUGGGGGACUGCAGUCAUAAACCAAAAGGUGACUCCCCUUGUUUGUUUCUCGGUUAGCCAGAUAUACAAGGCAGAAUGACACCUAGUGGCUGAAUUCUUUAUUGCAAAUGCCUUACUUCAGACAUUCAGCUGCUGCCUAGUUACUUUUGCACGGGUCCUCUCAUACUUUUGCACAAGUCCUGCAGUGGAGAUGUCAUUUACGCCCAUGCAUAACUAAACCUGGCAUCAGGUCACAAGUGAUUUAUUUGCAUAUACCCCCCCCCACACAAAUGGAGGAUAGCGCUGAUAUGUGGGUGUGGGCUUGGUCUAUUCCGAGACUAUCCUAAUGAUACUUCACAUGUAAUUUAACCUUUUCAAGCAAUCAAGGUGGUUAGGGAGGGAUGUAACCUGGUGACAGAGCACAUGCUUUCCAAGGAAAAAAGUUCCAGGUUCAAUCCCUAGUAUCUUCAGACAGGACUGGGAAAUAUUCCUGUCUGAAACCCUGGAGAACCACUGAAAGUUUGUGCAAGCCCCACUGACAGGUGGGGAGCCUGUGGCAUGGUGCUCCAGGUGUCGAUGGACUCCAGCUCCCAUCAGCCCUAGCCAGCAGAGUCUGAUGGCCAGGGGUUGUGGGAAUUGUAGUCCGGCGACAUCCUUAAUGUAGGAGAUACUGAGCCAGGUGGAGUGACGGUCUGACUAGGUACAAGGCAGCAUUCAGUGUUCCCAAAACACUUCAUAUACAUUACCUCUUUGUCCUUGUUGCAACAGCUGGGUAGGAUGUGUCAAGUACUGCUGCUGUUCCCAUUUUGCAGAUAGAAAUCUGAAAGAGAGGCUUGCCUAACAAGUUCAUGGUAGAGGCAAGAUUCAAACCUAGGAUAUUCUGAUUCCCAGCUCUUAAGUCUUUUACCCACCAAGCUACACCAACUACAAAAAGAUUGGGCAUCCUUUUUAGUUUCUAAAUCUGAUUUGCACACCUGUGCCCACUUAAAUGCCCGACUCCCAUCGCCUGCCCUAGCAAUGCUGGGGAGCCCUCUUCAGCGCAAAAGUCGCAUUUCCAUCUGCGCCCCCUUCCAUGGGCCACGUGCUUGUGGUGGGAGGGGCCAGAGCAAAGCAGGCGGAGCAAUAUAUGCAGAUUUUACUUUUGUUUGACAGGCUGGUUUCACACAGCUCUGAUCUAUCCUCCAUCCAGGCAAGCAACAGGCAUUAGCAGAGUUAACGGACAUACUCCAGCCAGGCAAAAAUGCUCAAGGAGGGUGUGACUGGGGAGAGUCUCAAGGGCCAAGCUGGGCCUAGGGUUUCCCCCCUUUGUUCUAUUGCUGCUCUUAAUGUCAGUCCAUGUACUAUCCUAGUGGCUGAUAUUCGCCUAGGCUGCAACAGUGAGCUUCCUCUGGUCCUGAUUCUCCCCAGAAGUUGUGCCAUGCCCCAGCAUUUACAUGGGCAUUGGGGUGAAUGUGCACAGGCCACAAGUCCACCUCUGAACAGAGAGGCCUGGAGCCUGUUUCAGUAGCUCUGGAAAUUUCUUCUUCAGUUUGGGAUCUCCCAAUUCCCUGCACCCCUUCUUUGAAGAAAGAUCAAAGAAUCCAACAGCAGCCUGUUUUUUAAGAUCUCCUGUCCCCGGGAAACCUGCUAUCAAGUGUGCAUUAACAGCCUACAGCUUGCUUGCUUGCUUGCUUGUUUUGUUUUAAAGAUUGCAGAGGGGAUGGAUGGAGAGGUAGCAGCACAGUUCUUUUUCUUUUUUUAAAGUCCAGAUUAAUAUAAUUUUUUUACAAAGCUAAUUGUAACUCACCCCUGCAUCUCUGCUCUGUGUGUGUUUCUGCGGCAGCUUAGGGGUCCACAGCUAAACGGGAAAGUGCUCUCUCUGGAGAACUGCACCCUGGAAGUAGCUUACCUGAGUCUGCUGCACUGGGAUGAUCCAUCUGCUCUGCUCUUCCUCCCUGAUAUGAGAGGUAAGCCACUUUUACCCAAUCCUGCAUAUGCGAUUGUUCUAUCCUUAACUAAUCUGGACAGUCAAGGCUGUGGGUCUAGUGCGCAGCUGCAAUGCUGCUGCAAAAACAUUUUAGCUGAAUAUCUGGCCUAGGAUGCCACCACUUUUCAAGUUUUGAUUUAUUUAGGAAAAGUAAGCACAAAGCAAGUUUCUAGUCCCUGUGGCUAUGGAAUGAUAUCUUAGAACCCUUAGAUCACACGAGACUUGCGGUUAGCCAAGAGUGGCAGUUCAGUGCAGUGCCCCUGUUGUAGCUCUAUGCUUUUCUUUUGCAAUACUUGGAAGGGUAUACCACACCGUUCAUUUAGGGUGUCAUAUAGGUUGCCAUGCUGGGACAGAUUUCCCAUUGCUGCUGCAAGUCUCUGGUAUCCCAUGGCUUUUAAAUUUGUGUGUACAGCUUUAAGGAUUACCCUUGCGGUGAUAAGAGCCCCUGAUUUUAAUUUAAGUUACCCAGAUGGAACUUGUCCAAAAUCUGGCCAGCUCAAGCCAGACUCCCCACUAGCUUGGAUUCAGAUCAUGGGAGUUAGUGUCUGGAGGGCAGUUUGGGUUGGAAGCCCAGAUGCCUCUCUUACCUUUGAGUAGCAGGGCCGUUAUGGAGCCCUCUCUCCAUAAUCAGCUCUCUAUAAUCAGCAUCUUUAAACUAGUGCUUCUUUUACAUACAGAACCUCACUUUAUAGGACUUUUCCUUGUCACAAUGCUGGAACUGCAGAAUUCCGUGCAAAAGAGCAAGGAGAGGGGACCAGCCACUGACUCUUCCUGUUGCUCCGUUUUUGGAGCAAGGCAGUGUUGUCCUGCUCUCAUGCUGAUCAGUAACAGGAUACAGAAGUUCCCUCCCUCUCUCUCUCAUGCUUUUUUGAACAGCAUGUUCACAGGAGGGUUAGGAGGAGUAGAGGGGCCACUUAUUGGGCCCCCUAUGUCACACCUGCUUAUCUGAUGUUGGAGAGGGAUACAUGAGGCUUCUAGAUCUCCCAUCUUUUCCCCCUUUUUCUUUGGCGUUCCUGUGAGUUCCUAAUUUUAUGUGGAACUUUCCCCCUGGUUACACAGACUUUGAAGACUUCUAUCUAUCAUUGCCCUCUCUCGUGUGACUUUUUCUGUGCACUUUACAUAAUGCAUCAUCGCGAUGAGCUCCAUCAGGUUCCUUCCUCCAUCAACAAUAACUUGGAGACAUCUGCUCCACUGAGCUCCAGCUGUUGGAGAGAAAGGAAGCAGGGCACUCCAUCCAUCUGCUCUGCCGAGAGACCAGCAACUCAUGGCUCCUCCUCCUCUCCUUGGAACUCUUUUCAUUCUAGCUGGUCAUUACAGGAGCUUCCUUACAACAACUUGUUCCUUAUCUGCAAAACCCAAACAAAAACCCAGUGCGGAGGGGCCCUUUGUUACAAAACCGUGCCUGAUUUUGCUUUUUUCCUCCUCCUCCCUCCCAGUCACUUUUCCUUUUGUGCUGUGUCAUUUAGAUUGUAAGCCUGAAGGCAGGGACUAUAUUGAUGUUUGCGAGCUUCUCCUUGAGCCCUCUUUUGUUUUCCUGAAGAGGAUGGUAAACCAUGCUUUGGAUAAAAAACUAAUGCAUUUAUUUGGGUCUUUCAACUGCUGUUUGCUGUCUCUUCUGCAUGCUAGAGGCUGUACUGGUGGUGGAGGGGUGAGCAGCAACAACAGGAGAGAUCUGCUGCUUCCAUGUCUGGCUUGUGAGCUACCUGGUUGGCAAAUGCAGGAGACAGGAAGCUGGACUAGAUGGGCCUUUGGCCUGAUCCAGCAGGGCCCUUCUCAUUUGCAUCCUCUUCUCUUUACCAGGAUACCAGCCUCUCAAAGAAGCACUGGAUGCUGGGAAGAAGGUUCCUGGCGACUCGUUUUAUGUGCGGGCCAACCUGAGCCUCCUGGAGCUUGCCGACCCUUAUGCCUUGUGCGUGAAGCACCGGGAGAUCCUUCACGUCACGGACACUUUGUACAAGGGGCGGCUGGAGUGGUACUGUGCCCGCGUGGAUCCCUUCACCCUCCAGGACUUGGACAGUGGCACGGUACCUAACUACAGCAGGUAAUGGGCCUCUGUCCCUUGGGUGUGAUUUAAUGCACAAGAACUUAAGUGGGCAGAGGGCUGCUUUGCAUGCACAAGGGAUGCUUCCAGUCUUUUGGGGUGGGAUUCAGUCAUACUGGCAAAUUCAGGCUGUGCAGUUAUAGCCGAAUGAGAGAAUCAUGGAAUUGUAGAGCUGGAAGGGACCACGGGGGUCAUCUAGUCCAACCCCUUGCAAUGUAGGAAUCCUUUCGAACCUAUGACCCUGACAUUAAGAAUCUCAUGCUCUACUAAGUAAGUUAUCCUUUAGGCAAGGGAGGCCUUAUACAACCACCACAUCCCCCCCCUUCCCUUGCCCCGCCCCAAUCAUACUUCUUGCAAUGAGGAAAGAAACUGGAAAAUGCAAUGGAAAGUGUGGGGUAACACUUGAGGCAACAUCCUCUAACUUCCCAGUAAGCAAACCGGAAUGGAUGCUCAGUAAACAGCCACCUGUCAUCUAAUCUCCCUGCGAACAAAUUGGGAUGUAUGAUCAGUAAGCGGGUUGUCUGGAAGCUACCAAGGUCAAUGCCUAGUAUCUCUAGUUAAAAAUGGGGAAAAGGACAGUAGCAGCGGGUGAUGCAGCCGAAAUUUGCCCGAGACAGAAUUUUAAAACUGGAGGGAGGGAGAGAAGGGUCAAGGGGUCACCUAGUGCAAACCUGUGCUUGAGUCUGGGAAUCCAUAGAAUUCAAGCAUUCCAAAUGCUUGAUGGCUGCCCAGCUUUUCCCCAAAGAUCUUGAAAGACAUACACUGGGUCCCAGUACAUUUCUGAGCACAAUUCAAAGUGUUGGUGUUGACCUUUAAAGCCCUAAAUGGCCUUGGUCUUGUAUACCUCCACCCCCAUCGUUCUGCCCGGACGCUGAGGUCCAGAACCAAGUGCCUUCUGGUGGUUCCCUCAUUGUGAGAAGUAAAGCUACAGGGAACCAGGCAGAGGGCCUUUUUGGUAGUGGCGCUCGCCCUGUGGAACGCCCUCCCAUCAGAUGUCGAAGAGAUAAACAACUACCUGACAUUUAGAAGACAUCUGAAGGCAGCCCUGUUCAGGGAAGUUUUUAAUGUGUGACAUUUUAAUGUAUUUUUAAUCUUUGUUGGAAGCCGCCCAGAGUGGCUGGAGAAAGCCAGCCAGAUGGGCGGAGUACAAAUGAUAAAUUAUUAUUAUUAUUAUUAUUAUUAUUAUUAUUAUUAAGAUUGGCAGUGAAGGAGGAUCCCUCCACCCUGCUUUGGCCAUUGGCUGCCUUCUAAGCUGCUCUUAAGAGCACAGGGAACUUAUAAGGAGUCAGGCCCACUGGAACAUCUGGCUGUGUCUACAUUGGCUGGGAGCAUCUCUCCAGGGCUUCAGGCAGCGGACAUUUCCACCUCUACCGGGAGAUAAUGGGAAAUGAACGUGGGGCCUUCAGCAUUCAAAGCCCUGCACUACAACCCUUCCCAUAACCAUUCAAGACUUUUCUCCUGAUUCUCAGUGGAAAACUCCCUCCCUGUAACUUAAGUACAUUUAGAUGCAGUCGUGCUCUUUGGGCAGCAGAACCCGGAAAACAGCUGCUGGGCAUAACAGAGAUCUAGAGAGCGACUAAUACCAAGAGAUGGCAUCAGGCAGCUUCUUAAGAUUCCCCUCUAUUUUUUUGUAGUUGCAGCACUUGACUAGCACAAGGUACGGCGAGUUGUAACCCAUAGAUCUAAGCACCACUAUGAUAUGUGGGUGCUGUAGGAGAAAGGUUUAUAGGGGAACCCACAACUGGGAGGAGGGGAGGUUUUUAGUGAGUGCCUCCCCGCCCCCAUUUAAUUUCUUCUGGUAAGGCCCUCCUCCUUUGAGGAAUCCUAACAGUUGCAAGAGCUUUGUGGAACAUUCUGCCCCCUGAGAAUUGCCCAAGUCUAGUCUGCAGGUUUUUAGCAGGAUCUGCAAAAGCAUCCUUGUUUAAACUGGGUUUUUAAAGGUAUCUUGUAAUAUUUAUGUAGCGUUAUUGGAUUAAUUUUAGAUGGACUCGGGUUUUGGAGAGCUAAUUGAGUUUUAUUUGUUGCCGUGCUUUUUAUUGUGUUUCCAUUGGAUUUUUAGAGAAGGCUGAGUGGAUGGCAGGCAGUGCUGGGUAAGGCAACAGAGGCAGAAAUUUGGUGGGGGGCAGCCAGGUGGAGACGUGGCCACGCUGCUGUUGCAGAGGCUGCCUGGGAGCUGUAGGGAACUGGUGAAUCAGUGGAUUUGAGCUGGGAUUUGGGAGACCGGGUCAAGUUGCCCCUCAGCUCUGGAAUAUCCAUGUGGCCUUCCCUGGUUAGGAUCUGUGCGCUGAGCUCACCUCCAGUAUCAUUAGAGAUGAAUGAGAAGAGAAUUGUGUUAAAGCACUUGGAACAGAGUGGAAAUAAGUAAUGACCACACAGUCCUGUGGCAUCUUAAAGGCUAACGGAAUUUGCCAUAAUAAAUGGUUCUUGCUGCAAAAGACUUAACACGGCUGCCCCUCUGGAAGUAAUGAUGUGUAUAUAAAAGUUCAGGCUGCAACCUUUAAUAAUUUAAAUUAAUUGGUUAGGGCCAUUUUAAUAGACUAAAAAAAAGCAUCUCUGGUUUGAUUGGGUGGUAAGUUUUUAUUUUUUUUAAAGUUAAAUGUGAGUUUACCCUAAAUACUUGCAAAAACUGAAGGUGGCAGGUAUAUCUUAGAAGUGGCACCCCCCCAUCACUUUCUUCACAGAUGGCCCUUGCUGAAGCAUGCACUUCCAUCACCAUGUCUCCCCUCACUUACAUAAGCUAUUGUUGUAAUUGUAUGCACAUUUAUGCACAUUUGAUUUAUUUUUAAAAUCCAUUUGAUUAAUUGACUUUCCUUAAUGAAAGCCCAGUUGCACCUCCCUCUUUCCAGUGUUGAAUUCUACACUGAAUUCCCCAUCACUUUCCAAAUCGCAUUAAGUCUGGCUUUUGUUUUUGUUAAACUGGAUUUGUUCUGCUAGGCCGAUAGAGUCCCUUAAUCCACUUUAGUUGCACAGACCUAAAGUUCUGAUGUGCGCUUGAAUCCUGCAAAACGCUGUUUGGAAGCACUGACAGUGUACCUCUGUGUUUCCAUGCCUUGCUAAGCAAAACAGGAGCUGAGGCUCACCAUCCUGCCUGUUUGUGAGGAUGAGAGAUAUCUCAAUAUGCCUUCUUCACUCAAAAGGGCGUUGGGAAUGAUCAAUUCCUGUGCCUCUUGAGAGCAGUUGGCCACACGGUUCUGCUUCUCUCUCUCUCUCUCUCUCUCUCUCUCUCUCUCUGUGUGUGUGUGUGUGCCUCCCUCCCAGCAAGCUGGUUUUCAAUUGCUGUCAUCUUUCAGGGCUCAUCAGCUCUUGAAGAUACAGGAGAAAAGUCAAGUGGCAGCCCAGCAAAAAGGCUGCAAGACUAAGGUAAGCUGGAGGUGAGAGAACAGGGGGAAUGUGUGGGUUGGGAAGAAAGGACUGGUGGUGGUAUUAUUAUUGUUAAUCAUAAAAGUUCUUUAAUUCCACUCUUGGAGAGCCCCCCUCUCCAAAAGCCUUCCAGAACAGCUUGCACUUAGUAAGGGAGUCCCUAUCCUCAGGGUUGCAAUCCAAAAGGAAAAGGGAUUGAGAAGGGAGCAGAGGGGAAAAAGCAGAUAGAAUGGUUGCUGCUCAUUGGUGAUUUUGGUAUAACUCCUUGGCUGUUAUGCCAAAACUGUUGAGAGAGGAGGCUCACAUUUGUAAGCUGUGCACAAGAGGAAUUGUCUAGACUCAAUCCUGGAACCUGCAAAUCAGUCAAUCAAUCAGUAACUGCCCUUCAACUGAAGAUCACUUUUACAGUAUAAAAACACAAAAUGAUAUGGUGCAGCCCGUGUCAUGCAGCAGAUAGAAUGAAGGACUUGGACCACAGAGACCCGAGUUCAAAUCCCCACUCAACUACAAAACACAAUGGGCAACCCAGGCCAGUCAGUCUCUCUCCAGGCUAGCCUACUAAACAUUCGUCCCUGGGAUGAAGGGCUGAAUAUGAAUCUUUGCUAAUAGUAAUAAGAAGGUUCUUUCCUGCAACGUGUGACGUACCGUCAAGGAGGGAGUGCUUUUGAACAUGCAGGAAGUACUUUUAUCUCAGCUGUGGAGUGAUCAAGUCGCACCCAUCUGGAAUUGUCAUGAAAAGUCUAGCGGUCAUAAGCCACCACGAGUGGCUGAAGAUGCAGGAUUGUGAUGUUUUAGACCAAUUUAUAGGCAGAAGGGUUCUGCAUUUUAGGAAAUCAUUGCAGCUCUUGACUUAGGGAGGCUCACCAUGACAAAAUCCAGGGGUGCGGUGGGGAAGGGAAGAUGGAGAGAGAAAACCCCAUCCUGGUCUAAGCCUUUCCCCUUGUCCACAGGCUGCAAAGCUUGGAGCAGUCCUCGGGUCCUACUUCCUGGCCUCAGUGUCUGGUUUCUUGGAUCGGGUGUGUGAGUGGGUAGCUGGUUUCUUGCGGCCUUUCUCUCUCCGACACACAGCCUAGGCGAAAAGUGCUACACUUCCCUGUGUGGUAGCCGUUGUCUCUGCUGGUGCAGCGUUUUCUUAGGGACAGCCUUCCCUUAUGGGAGAUGCAGAGAAAUGCCUUGCAUUGUUAUCUUGAGCCGUUUUCUCGAAGGACCGGAGCUUGCGAGAGAGGAAGGCUCUUAAUUGCUGCUAUGCCCUGCCUCACUCGGGGAGUUGUAUCUCAAGGCACAGCCUAUUUAACUUCCAAUAAUAAACAUGUAGCUGUCAUUUUGCAAGCGCCUGAGUGAUGCAUGCUUUGUUCUGUCUGUCUCCUUCCCCCUCCUCCCCUUCCCUCCCUUUCUCUUUGUUCUUUCCAGCUGAAGAAACGGGCCCUGGACCAGCUUCGCCUGGUGAAACAUAAGCAGCAAGGGGGGCAGAGUGAGGAGGCCCCUUGGCAAGAGCUUUGCCCAGGUGAAUUUGCAAACCUCUGCUCCCAACAGAAAAGAGUUGCUCUUGAGUUAAUGUCAGAUAAGUAGCUCCCACGAAUGGUCUACCUACUGUGGUGUGCGGGCUCUCUAUACAGGGACAGUGUCUCUCUCUCUCUCUCUCUCUCUCUCUCUCUCUCUCUGUCUGUGUGUGUGUGUUUUGCAUAUUCAUGAGGAUUUGUUUGAUUUAUUCAAUAUGCAAAACACAACCCAAAGAUCACAGGGUGGCUCACAACAUAAAAAUACGAAGUAAGAACCCAAAAUAGAAAGGAGAACAAAAGCAAACCAGUAACGCCCCCCUCCCCACAAACAAAUUUUUAAAAGACAUAGAAUGUUAAUCAGCCAAAGGCCUGGUUGUAGAGAAAAUUUUUCACUUGGUGCCUAAGCUAUGUAAUGAAGGCGCCAGGCGAGCCUCUCUUGGAAGGGCAUUCCACAAUGGGUGGUGGGGGCUGCAGAAAAGGCCCCUGUGAACCUCUUGUGAAGGAGGCGCAUGAAGAAGGGCCUCAGAUUAAUAUCACAGGGUCUGGAUUAGUUCAUAUGGGGAGAGGCAGUUGUUGAGGUAUUGCUGUCCUGCGCUGCUUAAGGCUUUAGAGGUCAAAACCAGCACUUUGAACUGGGCCCAGAAACUAAUCCAGCCAGGCCAGGAUUGGCGUUAUAUGCUCUGACUGUCUGGCCCCGGUGAAUUUAUUUAUUCAUUCACUAAUUUGUGGAUACUCCACCCUUUAAUUAUGCAAUCGGGGUGGCUUUCAAUAAAAUGAACGGGGGGAACCCACAUUAAAAUAGCUAGUACUUAAAAAUAAAGAAUAACAGCUAAUCUAGAAAAUCAUAAAAAUGGGCCAGGAUUAAAUAGAAUUUUUUUUUUUAAAAAAGCUUUUAGUUAGGCACUGAUGAGGCAUUUGAGUGGCUUCCAGGUGAGCCUUUCUCUUGGGAGAACGCUCCAUUGCCACAGUGCCACCACUGAAAAGGCCCUUCCUUUGUUAACCACAUGUUGAUCUUGGAGAAAGCACUCUGAUGAUAACCUUAGAGUUGGAUUAUGCCGGCAUUGUGUGCCUGCCAAAGAAGUGGGAAGCAUGGGAAUCUCAUUCCGUCCCUCUCGUUUUCCCCAAGAUAACUACAGAGCGGGGGUGGGGGCCCCUUUCAACCCAAGGACCCCAUUCCUUCAAGGGCAACCUUCCGAGGGUCAGGAGUAGAUGUCAAAGCGGGCAGAACAAUGGAUGUGAUUCUUGCCUUUGUUGAUUAGGUUAAUCACAGCCUGGCAAAAGCAUUUGAGGAGGGUAUGGCCUGUGGGAGGGGUAUGUGGCCUGGCACAGUCUCAUUGAGGGCCAAAUGGAGAGCUGCAUGUGGCCCCCAGGACUGAGGUUCCCUACCUUGCAGUAAAUCAUAGAUGAUGGUGAUAGGCACUUGCUCUUGCCUGAAUAAAGCUUGUGCUUUAUUCACUGGUCUUAUUUGCUAGUCUUUAUGGUCGGCUGGACCUAAUGGUCAGGGGUCCCUUUACCUUUACCUUAUGGUAGGGCGGUAGGGAUGGGGAAGCUGUGGCCCUCCUGGUUGCUAUUGGACUCAAAUUUCCAUCAGCCUCGACCAGCAUGGCCAGUGCUCAGGAAUUAUGGGAGCUGCAGUCCAGCAGCACCUGGAGAGCAACAGGUUUUCAAUCCCUGCUUCGUGUUGGGUCACAGGACUCCUUGUUCCGCUUGGAAAAUAAAUAAGCAGGCCCUCUCCAGCCAGAACAGGGCUGAGCAGAGCUUGCAGGGGUCAGGGAAUGGGGACCUCAAAGGUCCACGCAGCUCUCAACCAUCACCAUAUUAAAGACAUAUAAGGAAUCACUGAAGCCAGCAAGCCUGCCCUCGCUUCUCUUGCUCACUGACCCUGCCUUUUUAUUUGCAGAUGGAACUGAAAAGCCCUACAGCCCAGUAUGUCCUCUCAUGGUUCAGACCCGUCGUCCUGUCAUGCUCUCACCUGCAUGCUUAGCACCCCAUCUCAUUAAGAACCUUCUGGCUCUCCCUUCCUCCCAUCAGGACUUUUGCUUGUGCCCAUCUGGUAAGCAGGAGAGGCUGAGUGAUUUGACAAUGGGCUGGUGGUGAAGCCGGAAACACCAAGUGGGUCUACGUCCUUUAUCCUAGCUCUGGACUUGCACCUUGAGACCAUGCUAGGAAAUGAGUCUCUAGUUUAAUAAUCUUUACUCCUACAGGAGUAAGCAUUGAAAGUCUCCUUUUCAUGCCUCUAGCUCAGAGUUGGGGUGAUCCAGGCCUUGCAGAGGUUGCAACUCCCCAUCAUCUGUAACUGUUGGUCCUACUGGCUGGGGUUGAUGGGAGAUGUAGCCCAACCACACCUGAAGGACCACAGGUUCUGCACCCUUGCUUUGAGCAAGGAUCUUCCUUCUGUAUCUUGAAGUGGGGGGUGACUUUUGACAAGACUUUCUGCCUUUUGCCCUUCCCUACCUGAGCCCCACAAAUGCGGGUUCCACACUUUGGGUGCAGGAAACAGAACUCUAAGGAUCUCUAUUCAUGGAAAGCAGAGAUGGGAGACCUAUGGCCUUCCUGAUAUUGUUGGACUCCAACUCCCAUCGGCCCCAGCCAACGUAGCCAAUGGCCAGGGAUGAUGGGAGUUGGAGUCCAACAAUAUCUAGAAGGCCACAGGUUCCCCCACCCAUGAUGUAAAGAAGAAAACCUGCCACUGACCCAUGUUCAUGGCCCAUAGUGUUGCUGCAAAGAAGGUUUGCUGAUACGAAAUUAAUGCCUCCUAAUGCAGUGAAAUGUGGGACCUUGAGAUUGUGCUAUGAUUCUUGUACCGUGUGGUGUGGAAAAUGAAAGGACACGAAGUUCUUCUGCAUCGAGGGCCAAUAGAUGGAUCUUGAAAAAAAUCCAUUGGUCGAUCCCCUUAACAAAACUACUGGGAACUACAGUGCUAAGGUCAUAAAAACAAAAGACGUUGCUUCUGUUUUCCUUCCCUUGCAAAAGAAAAAAAAUAGGGCAAUUUUUUGGGGAAAAGUUCUGCAUUGCAACUUGCAUGAUUUACAGCGCCAUCCAAUGCAUGUUUAUUCAGAAAUAUCUCCCAGUGUGUUCAGUGGGUUUGACUCGCAGGUUAGCCUUAGGAUGCCAUUCCCUGCACUCUUAACUGAAACUGGGACUUAAUUUUGAUUAAAGAGAAUUUCAGAUUGAAAUUCUGGGGUCCGCAACCAUUCUCAGCUGUGGGCCGGUCCAGCGUCCCUCAGACCAUGUGGUGGGCCAGACUAUAUUUUGGCGAAAAAAAUGAACGAAUUCCUAUGCCCCACAAAUAACCCAGAGAUGCAUUUUAAAUAAAAGGACACAUUCUACUCAUGUAAAACAUGCAGUUUCCCAGACCGUCCGUGGGCUGGAUUGAGAAGGUGAUUGGGCCGUAUCUGGCCCAUGGGCCUUAGGUUGCCUACCCCUGACCUAGGCUUUGAAAGCAACCCCCCCCCCAAUGAUAACUCAUGCUUAUUGUAACAUCUCCUCCACGACUUGUCCUUUUGUGGUUUUUGCUCCCUGCAAUCACAGAUGCCCCUCCUGACCAAAGACUCUCCUCUGCCUCCUCCAAGAAUAUUCUUAUCGCUGAUGGGAUCUCUGAAAGCCAGAGGAACUGCGGGAAGAUGCACACCAUCAAGGAGGCUAUUGGAAAGGUGAGGACUAGAGCACUGCAAUUUCAGGGCUGAGAGGCAGGGCGAGAUGAACAGUUAUGCUAAACCGCCUUAUGGAAAAACUCGAGACAAAUUAGAUUCCCCUUUUAUUGUAACACUACCCAGGCAACUCUUUGUGGCGAGAGCUUCUACACUGCUAUUCCCAAUUACUCUCAGAGCAGGGAGUGUACUAGCGGCCAUCUGGAGCUGUGGGAAAUUUAAUGGCUACACUUUGGCCCUGCUUCCAGGGAAGGGGAAUCCAAAUUAUCUUCCUCUGCCUCAAACCAGUCCCAACAAGCUGUCUCCACAACUUCCUAUGUAAGCUCCAUGACUGCCAUUUUGUGUAAUAUCUGUACACAUCCCAUUUGUCCUUCUCCAGAGAAGAGGGUCUUCUGAGUGCAGAUCUGCAAGCUGGUGGGCUCUGCAGGUCUGUGGGGCGAUGCUCUCCUUGACUAGCAUGGGAGACCGAGUGUCCCUGAAGGUGAGUGUCGAGAUCUCCUCCCACCCAGACGUAUCGGACACCCAGCGUGCUGUAUAUCAACUGACCCUGCCCUUCAAUUCUCUCUUUUCCUCACUGGUUUGGUUGUAAAUCCCAUCCUUUAAUGGAAUUACUAUUGGAAAAGCAAUGAUAUUUCACAGUGUAGGGUUUGAUUUAAUGUAACUUGUCAGGGACGGGUUAUUUCUUUUCCAUUUAAAUCAGUAAAUCUGUUGGAUUUCCUUGCAGAACAAACACUGCCUGCUGGAGCUGGAGGUCCAGGUGGCGAGGGAACUAAUUAAAAGUGAAAUAUACCCCAUCGUUAUCCAUGUCGAGGUCACAGAGAAGAACGUCAGGGGAGUCAGGUAUGAAAAGCCCUUCUCAAGAUUGACACGGGUUGCAAUGCAGAUGGGAAGAGCUGGCUUCAGAUGGUAUAGGCAGUCCGGCGCCCCCUGCUCUGCCAUGGCACAGCUCCAGAUGAGAGCCCUUCUUCCUCUAGCUGAGCCUGCCGGAAGAAGCGCCAACCUUUCCAUUGUGCCUAGACCCAGCUCCGUGCCCUACUGAAUUACCACCUGGAGAAGGGCAAUAGCUCAGUGGAGGAGCAUCUUCUUUGCGUGUAGCAUGUCCCAGGUUCACCCUCUAGCACCUGCUACUAGGAGAGACACUGUCUGAAAUCUGUGUUGCAUGCACAGUCUCCCAGGUUCAGUCGUUGGCAUUUCCAAGUGGGGCUGUGAGAUAGCCCUGUCUGAAAUCCUGGGAAGCUGCUGCCAGUCAGUGUGGACCGAGCUAAAUGGACAAAUGGCCUGGUCCAGCUCACUCAGUAGAGGAUGAGGCUCUGAAUCUCAGGGUCAUGUGUUUGAGUCUCACGUUGGGCAAAAGUUUCCUGCAUCGCAGGGGAUUGGACUAGAUGGCACUUGUGGUCUCUUCCAACUCUACAAUUUUAUGAUUCUAUGAAUAUAAGGCAGCGGACUUAGGGAAAUGUUCACUGAUACCAAGAUGAGGGAUUCUAUGGAAUGCAGAUAGAGAGAAUUGAUAAGAAUAAUGAUCUGUUGUGAUCUUGAGGGAAGCAUACAAUAGAUGAGCCUUCUUGUGUUUUGGCUCAUCUCCCCCCCCCUUUUUAAUUUUUUUUAUUUUAUUUUUUUCCUCCUCCUCCUCCUCCUCCUUUCCUUUCCCUUUCCCUUUUUUCUUUUUUCUUUCCCUUAAUGGCUUAUGUUCUAUGCCAUAUACUUUGAUAUUUUUUGUAGUUUUUAAAGCUUUUUUCAUUAUUAUUAUUAAGGAUUUUUCAUAAUAAAUUUUCUUCAAUUUUGAUUGUUUAUAUUUAUCUGUAUAUGUUUAAAGCAAAAUAAAAGUAUUAAUAAAAAAUAAGGCAGCGGACUGGGGCAUUGAACCGUCUAAGGAGGUGUAGCAAGCUAUGCUUGUUGAAAUUUCCUCUUCUGCGCUGCAAUCAAAGCUGCAGGAGCCAUGUCCUCUGUCUUGCUUUGGCAGCUGACCACCCUAGAACACAGGUGUCUCGCAGUGAGAAGAUGAGUAGAACAGCUGACAAGUUUCCCUGAAAGACAAUUUUCCCCAUCUUUGUUGGUCCUCUCCCAAACUCCGUAGCCUCAAGGAAGUGUUUUUAGGGAACUAUUCUCAUUCUGUGCAAGAGGACAGUAAGACCCAAUAGGCUGAGCCAAUAUUCUGAAUCAAGUGACUCAGGGGACCAUAGAAUUGCAGAGUUGGAAGGGACCAUCUAGUUCAACCCCCUACAAUGCAGGAAUCUCAACGGAAGCAUCCACGACAGGUGGCCAUCCAACCUCUGGUUAAAAACCUGCACCUUCAUUGCUUCAAUUUUUUCCUGCAACUCCUUCACAAGCAGUGCUGAUGCAAAAAGCUUUGAAAAACCACCACAUUAGAAGCCAUAUAGCUAGUUGCACCCAUCUCGGUUUUCUCUAUAUGGAUUGGCAGUGGCUCUUUCCAGUGUCGGACAUGCAGUUUUUCCUGGCCUUGGGUGGCGAUUGAACCCAGGGACCCUCUGCACAUGAAACGAGUGCCCUACCACUGAACUGCGCCCCAUCCCCAGAUACACUAUGGACCAUAAGGUUUCACCGGUUGCCCAAACUCUCCUUUGGGCGGUUACAGUGUCUGCUGAAUUUUUUAAAGCUCCUUCUGCAAAAAUCCUGAAUGUUUUGCUUCAGAUGGGAACGCACGUGGACUGUGAUUUGUGACAUCGUCCUGGUGCAGGGGGUGGAGGAAGCUCCCAACUGGAGCGUUUGCUUGGCGGUCCAUCAGUUCUUGGGAUCAGACCAUUAGACUUCAACAUGCUUAAGCUAACAUGCUUGACUUAACCCAUCUCGGCGAAUGCAUUAUUCAUAGCAUCUCGAGGAGUCUACUGAUGGCAUGUUUCUCUGCUGUGCUCUUCCCUCCUAGGAGCUGGCUGGGGAAGCCGGGGCUUCGCGACUCGGAGGUGCUGAAGCAGUGCCGGAAGGCCAAGUGGACUCUGCACACUUUGCCGUGCUUGGGGGCCUGGGUGGAUCCUCACGCCUGGGGCAGUGCGGAGGAGCUGGUGAAGGUGGUGCGGGCCCACGUCUUCCAGGAGCAGACCAGGAUUGUGUGGGUCGAGGAGAGGGAUUUGUGAUGGGUGUCUGGAGGUGUCUGCAAGCAGAAAAGCCUCUGCAGGACAGAGGCUUCGAUCCACGACCCGCUGAUGAUGUUCUGGAUCUUUGAUUCACUCCAGAUAUCCUACAGACAUAGCCCAUUUCCUUUGUGGUCCAGUCGUUCCCUCAGUUAGCCCGAGAACGGGAAAAAUGUGCCUCUGCAUUUCACUGCCUCCAGUAUCGACUCCACUCUCCCAGGCCCUUCCUCGUUUCCUGCGUUCUCUGUGGCUGUUGUCUCUACCUCUUUUCACAUCCUGAUGGAAGUAUGUGUGUGCAUUGGGGGGAGAUGGGGUGCCCUCAUAUGCACGCACAUGGACAUAGAGUGUCCCCUCAGCCAGAGGGACUGUGAGCGAGCAGGAGAGACACCCUCUGCGCCUGCUGCUUUAUUGUGCCUAAAUUAUUGAUGGACCCUUUUUAUUGAAGAGCGGAAUAUGGAAAGAGAAUUAAACAGCAUUAACAAUGGAAAUGAACGACUGGCUGCUUCUUGAGUUCGCUGGGAAGGAAGCACAUUUCCAACUUGUUCCUAGUUGCCUGCCUCUGUCUCCACUCCUUCCUUUUUGCCUAGUAAUAAUAAUUUAUUAUUUAUACCCCAUCCAUCUGGCUGGGUUUCCCCUGUCACUCUAGGCAGCUCCCAACAGAAUAUUAAAAACACAGUAAAACAGCAAACAUUAAAAACUUCCCUAAACAGGGCUGCCUUCAGGUGUCUUCUAAAAGUCAGAUAGUUGUUUAUUUCCUUGACAUCUGAUGGGAGAGCGCCACUGCCGAGAAGGCCCUCUGCCUGGUUCCCUGUAGCUUUGCUUCUCGCAAUGAGGGAACCGCCAGAAGGCCCUUGGCUCUGGACCUCAGUGUCCGGGCAGAACAAUGGGGGUGGAGACGCUCCUUCAGGUAUACUGGGCUGAGGCCGUUUAGGGCUUUAAAGGUCAGCACCAACACUUUGAAUUGUGCUUGGAAUUGUGCACAAUUCUUGAAUUGUGUCGCUCUGCAGUUCAACUGCUGCCUCUUGUGUGGCUAAAGGCACAAACUGUGUAAGUAGGAAUCUGCCUUAUACCAAGUCGGACUUGCAGUGUUGUCUGCACUGACUGGUGGUGAUUCUACAGAGUUUCAGGCAGGGGUCACUUCCAGCCUUACCUGGAGAAGCUGAAGAUUGAAGCUGGGAUCUUCUGCUUGCAGAGCAGAUAAUUUACCAGUGACGCAUGGCCCCUUCUAGGGAAAGAGUGGCUGUCGCUUCUGUUCCUGGGCAACUUCCUGCUCCUCUUUGAUUCCUUCCCCCUCACUCCUCAGGAACAGCUGUAGUGCUUUGUCAGAAACAAGAGGUUGGGUCCACAAGGGCCUCCAGAAAGUCAGCUGUUGCACUUACUCAACAGAGGCUGUCUUCACUUAAAUUUCAUGAGCUGGGGUUGCCAACAGGGUGCCCUCCAUCACCCCAUAGCUCCCAUCACCCCUGACCAUUGGCUGUUCUGCCCUGGACUGAUGGGGAGCUGGAGUCCAGUAACACCACGUCGGCUGCCCCUUGAUGUAGGAUGACUUGCUAAGAUCACUCGGCCUUGAACUCUUCCAUCUUAUCUUUUCCCCAUGGACAUGGGGGCCAAGAAUGGGGUGGAGCGGAAGAGGAUGAAGCACAGUAAAUGAAAUGCACGGAGGGGGGAGAGUGAAGAGCUACCAUGCAGAAGUCAGCCCUGCUUUCACUUUUCACUCAGCUCACAGCAUUCCAAGCUGCUUUCGUCACCUCCUGGCUUACUUCCCUUGUAAGCGCCUCCUC